UUCAGUUUGACAUUUCAUAAACAAAUUAUUUUAGCGCGAAAAACGGAACAGCUGAAGUGAAUUUCGUUUGUUAUUUGCACAUAAAUUAUUAUUUACAAAAGUAAUAUCUUUAUUUAUUACAAUAAACUUAAGAAAUUGUGUCAAUAAUGGAUGAAGAAUUAAGAAUCCAAUUCGAUGAGCUUGGCGUAGAACCUACAGCAGCAGUCAUUGCAAAAGGUCUAGAUUUAUGUGUGUCGUAUCAUAUUGACGCUGCAGAACUUGUUGAACAAUGGAUGGCGUAUAGUAUUUCCAAUUUGAAAGGUGCUGAGCCUACGGUUGAUUAUUUUAAUGAUUUCGAACGUAAAGUAUUUCAAGCAAGACGCGAUAAAGAAUUAGCUGCUUCAAAUAAGAAAAAACUAAAAUAUUCGUCAGGAUUAUCAAAUCUAAAUCAAUUGACUACUGCUACAGCACCUUCGAUUCCGCUUGGCGUUUAUGGCGUCGAAGAGACUGACAUUAUGGGCGACUACAUGAGUGAAAUUGGUGUUGGCGGUAAUAAAAAUACCGAAAGUGAUAUUUAUCAUACUCCAAAGGUAAGUGUUUCAAUAUUACCUGUGUUUUAUUUUAUUUUUAUUUAA